AUGGGGUUUAGUCUGUAGUAUCACCGGACCCCCAUCUCUCCACACCAAGACCACUGCAAUAGAGUGCAAGCUCCUGUGCAAUGUUCACACACAACCAAAAGGAGUUAUCCAGGAAUAGAAAAAAAUCUGAUGAGGUUAUGGAGUCAGGUCUGAAACAAUGAAGCUGCUGAAUGGUCUUCUCCUGGUGACUCUUACUUACCACUUGGCCGAUGCCACUUUGUCAAAGACAGACUCCAAGAAAACUUCUUCCAAGUCACUUGAGACUAAGACUCGCCUGUCUGAUGUUCCUGUGCAGUCUCGGGGAUUGGUUACUACUGAUGUCAAGGCAAAAGACAUUGUGCUUGAUCACCAAAGUUAUUGCAGCAAAAAGGUGAAGGAGCGCCAUGUUUCUGGGGAUGUGCUGGGAUAUGUUACACCGUGGAAUGGCCAUGGAUAUGAUGUUGCCAAAAUAUUUGCAUCCAAGUUCACCCUCAUUUCUCCAGUCUGGUUGCAGAUAAGAAGAAAAGGUAGACAGUCUUAUCAAGUGACCGGACUGCAUGACGUAGACCAAGGAUGGAUAAAAGACAUAAAAAAGAAUUCUAAGAGCACACAGAUUGUACCACGUGUCCUGUUUGAUAGCUGGUCAUACCAAGACUUUGAGAGUGUUUUCAGCAGUGAAGAUGAAAUAGAAGAUCUGUCAGAUGCACUGGUUCAGAAUGCAAAGGAUGAACAGUUUGAUGGCUUUGUGCUGGAAGUUUGGAGUCAGUUGGGUGGACAGAAGAGACAGGAGCUGGUUCACAUGCUUACACACAUUGGGCAAGCACUUCAUCAGGCCAAACUUCAGUUCAUCCUGGUUAUUCCUCCUGCAGUAGCACCAGGAACUGACCAGUUGGGCAUGUUCGGGAAAGAGGAAUUUGACCUUUUGGCUCCAAUUGUUGACAGCUUUAGCCUGAUGACCUAUGACUAUUCAAACCCACACAGGCCAGGCCCCAACUCCCCAAUUUCAUGGGUACAGGCAUGUGUGCAGAUUCUAGAUCCUGAAUCAAAAUGGAGAAAGAAGAUCCUCCUUGGGUUGCACUUCUAUGGGAUGGAUUAUUCUGCUCUUGGUGCAUCUGGAGAGCCUAUUCUAGGGAGCAGCCACUGGUCAGAGUCAGAGCCGAGGUACAUUGAGAUACUAAAGGAGCAUAAGCCGAAGAUUCUGUGGGACCAGCACAUUGCGGAACAUUACCUGGAAUAUAAAAAGAAUAAGGGAGGAAAACAUGCGGUAUUCUAUCCAACGCUGAAAUCCAUACAGGUACGACUGGACCUUGCAAAGGAGCUGGGAACAGGGAUAUCUAUCUGGGAGCUGGGACAAGGCUUGGACUAUUUCUAUGACCUUUUAUGAUUUUUAUAAGAAUUGGAUAACUAGCUUGUAAUUCUAUUAGGAACUGAUGUAUUGAUAAAAGAAAAAUAUAACACAGAAGCUGGAAGUUCAUACCUUGUGCCAUUCACAUAACAUUGUAGGUUGGAUGUCCCCAAAAUUUGUAAACCUUUCUAAAAAUGACUGUACUUUUCUCUGGUAGAAUUUUAAACAGUUAAAAAAUGUCAAAAUUAUGGAAUUAUACAGUAUAUAUAUAUAUAUAUAUAUAUAUAUAUAUAUAUAUAUAUAUAUAUUAGUCUGAAUGCAGUUGACCUUUUGUCCAGUCUAUAAAUCUAUGUAACAGACAUCUCGUAACAUGUAGACUACUGAUAACAUAUGGAGUAUUAUACUCCAGCACAAAUCUGGCUACGGACUGGACUGGUAAGUUGAUGCUAUGAGACACUCAAUAUCUCUAUUCUAGUAUUACUAUGCUGUACAAGCUAUAUUCAGCUCUGCCUUAUUCUCACAAUGGCCUCUUUUCUGUCAAACAUGAAGAGACACACAGUGAGACAAUAUUAGUUUUAAAGAAAUAAACCAUUAACAAGGCACAAACCAGCAAACAUGAAACUAAAAGAGAAAAAUAAUAAUAAUAAUGGAUGCUGCAACUUUUGGGUAAUUUUUUAUAAAUAAACAUGUAUGGGGAACAAUGAUCUGUAUUGUGAAUAUACUUUUUUGUUUAAUCUGGAACAUCAUCUGCACAAUUAAAAUAAAAUAAGGAGGAAAUGCUUUAUGUUUUAUAUG